CUCUCCUUUAUACAAACCAUGACGUAUGAAGGUGCGCACAUUUGCAUGCGUCAUAAACGGGACGCGUGACGGAAUAACGUCACUGUAAAUAGCGCUACCUUUACCUAUUGACCUAGCCUGCUUCACUCCACCCACAUUUAAAAAUACAAUAUCGCGGCAACACGGUACAUUGUGGGAAUCGCAGAUCCCCGUGGAAUGAGUGGGAUCACCUUUGAUCGUUGCAGGACAAAUAGACUGCAAACAUAAACACUGAUAAAUGCUUCUAAGACGUACAUUAUCACGUAUUUCCCAAUUAGUGUGCCAUUUAAAGGCCAGCUGAGCAGUGGAAUAGUGAACAGUAGACACGAAAAAUGGAUUCCAAUGUCGUCGCUGCUUGUGUUUCUGUUGUGAGGAGCAACCAUCAGAUCAUCAGGAGGAAGGCUCGGCUGAGGAGACUAAUGAUCUUGUGCAGCCAGGAUUACACACCGAUCUAUGCGACCCCCAAAAUCAGGGUGCCUCUGAUGGAACGGUACCUGGACCCUAACCAAGCUCUACGCCCAGACUACAUGCUGUCCAGGACCUCCUUGGAGGCACUCAUGGACCUGCUCAGGAGGGAGAAGACGCACGGUUGGGGGCAAGAAGUGGAGGUACUCAUGGCAAUAUACUGGCUAGCACACGGACUGUCGUACCGGGUAGUGUCUCGCGCGUUUGACAUGCCGAGCUCUACCGUGUGCGACAUUGUCCACCGCGUGUGCGAUGCCAUUUUGACCCUCCUAGAGAGCGUUAUUAGGUUCCCCCUCCCGGCAGAGUGUGCGGAAGUGGGGCGCGGCUUCCAACAUCUGGCCGGCAGUCCUGCCUUCAGCCGCUGCGUUGGAGCUAUUGACGGGUGUCACAUCCGCAUCAAGGCCCCCCUUCCUGGAACGGCCUCAGAAUACCUGAACAGGAAGCAGUUCCACAGCAUCCUGCUCCAGGCGAUCUGUGACAGCACCGGCAAAUUCCUGGACGUGUUCGUCGGUUACCCUGGGUCAGUGCAUGACACCACGGUGCUGAAAAACAGUCCGGUGUUUGUUGGUGCCGUCUACCCACAUCCUGGCUAUUUCAUUGUGGGGGAUGGGGGAUAUCCGUGCACCAGUGCGCCAAUAACACUCCUCACCCCCUACCGUGAGCCAUCGAGGGGACCCGUGGAGGCCCGCUUCAACAUCCAUCACGCCAAGGCCCGCGUCAUCAUCAAGAAGGCCUUCAGCAUGAUGAAGACCAGAUGGAAAGGGAUCUUCUUCAAAGCUCUAGAACUGAGUACCACCUUCGCUCCAAAGGUUGUGGCAGUAUGUGCCGUCCUCCACAACCUUGCAGUCACUAAUGGCGAUGACCUGGACCCAGCUGAAGGAGAUCCCUUGCCUCCACCUGAUCCACAACCUCCUGAGCUGGACGACGAAGAAGGGGGUUGCAUUCUCAGAGAUGGAUUGGCAGCACAAGUGUCUGCCGCCCGCCAGUGCUCUCCUUGCCUUCAAGACCACGAUUAUAACUGAUGGUUGUUCCUCUGUUGUUUUUUUGUUUUGCGUAAUAGUAUAUUUAUUUACAAGUUUUAUUUAAUAAACCAUUCACUGGUUCAUUCAUUCUCUUUUCUUAACUACCAGAACCCAUGGUGAAGGAAUUGUGUAGGAGACCAACAAUGGGGUGUUGCACAAUAGCUUAAGAUCUCUGCAAAUAUUAUGCCUUAGCUAGUUCUUAUUUAUUGCAAAACUAGAUUAUUUGAGGGCAAUCUAUGGUCCUGAUGUGACGUGUGACCUUAUUUUACCCAUAGCAGGAUACUUGCUAGUGAAGGGCUGUUUUGGGCCCAGGUCUCACUAGAUGGAAUGGGAGUUAUUGUCUGUUCACAUGUGCAAAAUUCAUGAGUCAAACAGGGAGAUAAUGCAUUAUGAGUCCUGCUAAGAGGAGGAAUGCAGCAUUGUAUUGUCAGUAAAGCAAACUGUAAGCAACCAGUCCCAAUGUUAUGUUCAAUGGUCAAUAUCAUGUCAGAAUCACUUGUAGGUCUAAUUGCAUUACAAAAUCCCAAUUUAUUUCAUUUUAAGGCUUACGGUUGUUUACUUACUUCCUGACUCCAAUGACGAUGCACUGUUUGCAACAUGAUGCACAUGGCUGUAAGUACCUGUACAUAUUACUGUGCGUUAUUGGCAGAUCUGCGCUGUAUUGCAAAUGUUACCAACCAUGAGGUGCUCUGCUAUGCAGGUACUGGCAGAAAUAAACAAGAAUUUACAGG